CCCUUUCUGUCUUUCCCCUCUAUGUCUAUCCCCCUCUCUCUCUAACUAUAUCUAUCUCUCUCCCUCUCUCUCACCUCCAGUUCCGGAGAUGGAAGGCAGUGGGAGAGAAUUCAGCGAAGGGAAAGAGACAUAGUUCUUACAUUCCUUCUUACAGUGCUUCACUUUCAACUCUCUUUCUCUCUUUGCUUCUCUUUUUACUAUUUUUUUUUCUCCCUGAAUCCAUCUCUCUUUCCCUUUACCACGAUGGUCAACAGAUAACUGACUGGCUGUCUCGUUUACCAUGGGCGCAUGCCUCUGCAGAGGUCACAAAGAGCUCCACAGUGCCCCCCAGCACCCCAUGGUGGUACUGCAGUCUGAGGGAGAGCCAUCAGACAAGGAUGACCCCCACCCGUCCAAUGGCAGCAUGGCGGACAAGAAAAGCAACAGUGGCUAUGACAUCGGGGAACUGGCCACCUCAUCUCUGCUGGGUCUGGUUGCCACAAUAAAGGAGCACAUCACCAAGCCCACAGCCAUGGCCCAGGGUCGUGUGGCUCACCUCAUCGAGUGGAAGGGCUGGGGGGGAGGGGGGGAGACAGGGGGCGGAGGGGGCUGGGGGAGGGCGGGACUGGGGCUGCAGGAGGAUGAGCAGCUCUACUCUGAAAUGACCGAUGAGAUCAAGGAAGCCCGCUUCGCCGCAGGGGUGGCUCAGCAGUUCGCUCUGGCAGAGGCUUCCAUGAAUAUGUGGUCCAACCACGAUAGUUCAGACCAUCCCUCCACGAGCUUGGACCCUUUACAUGACACAAACAGACACUUCCUGUCUCACUUCCUGUUGGACGGUGGCAGUGUCGGAGUCCCUCAGCAUCUGUACAGCAUCCAUGCCCAGGCCAACAACCACCAUGGCACUCUGGGGCCCCCUCAGCCAGCCUCCUCCAUCUCCCCCAUGUCUGCCUCCCAGCACGACAGUGAGCGCCCCCUGGUGGCUGGGGGGACUGCUGCGGCAGAGGCCACAGUUCGGCAUGUGGACAGCAGUUCCUUAUCUGAGGACGAGGUGUUUUACAACUAGAUUCUGGUCAGUUGAGAAGAGGAGACAUUUGUAGAGCAGUUUCUAACUUGAUGAUGUCAUAGUCUUUGAAAGCACACACAAUGGGAGGCCUUUACUUUUGGACCAGUGACUGAUGGUCAAAAAGCCAUGUUGUACGACACAUGAACACUCGGAAAAGUAUUUUUGAAAGUGAGUUUCCUUGGGAGGUUCCACAAUGUCAUUGGUUGACAGCUAUGGAACCCUUAUUGACUAACUGUUAAAAUCUAUGUUUUUAUAAAUCGCCAAAACUAUAUCUAGAUCCACCUGUAGCCUUUGAACAAAAUGUAAUGAAUGCACGGCAGCAGACAUCUCAUCAAGCUGUGUGAAGGACUGAACAGUACAUGGAAGGUCGCCAUUCCAUUUUGUGCAUUGAAUAUGUAGUGAUACAGAUUGUACAUCUAUUUGUAUGCUACUCUAGGUUUUCUUUCGUUUCAUAUUGGUUACAGUCUUAAAAAUUGACACGCUCAAACAACAAAAAAGGUACAUUGAAAUGUAAAAAAAAUAUAUAUAUAUUUUAAAUGGGUCUCUAUUUGGAGUCUCCUUUUCCUGACAGAUAGUUAAGAGAGAAAGAAGAGCGGAGGAGAGAAAGUGCACACCCAAUUAUCUGUCUGAGUCUCAGCUAUGAUUAGCCAUUAUUCACACUUCUCUGCCAGGGAGGGA